GUUCAGAAAGAGAGUGUGGACUGGCUGAGCACAAAACGCAUGUUAACUGCGAUCAUUUGUUUGAUGUUAUUGAUCGUCAUUAUUCUCCUGAACAUAUGCAUCCUCAAAUAUCCGGGUUCAUGUUUUCGUAAGCAACGCGAUGGUAUCAGUCAAGUGGAGAUGACUGAUUCUGCCCAACGCGUCUACUCAACACAACCAAUCAUUCGUAGCGAUAAACGCCAUCGUCACUCACGAGAUCGAACAUCCACAGUCAGUCAAGACAACUGCGCCAGUAGUCUGCCAUUCUUACAGUACAAUUUACGUGAGUCUUAUCUUCGUUUAACAGAUCGUCGUCACAUGUACAUUUGA